UUGUACCGCAGACAUGUGUAAACAAAACGGCGUCCAGAAAACCCUAAUAUUUUAAAACUGGUGGCUCUUUAGUCGUCGAUUACUGCAGCUUUUUAAAUACUUGUCAAUUAAGGACAAACAAAACGACGUUGUAAUUUAUAUUUUGAUCCAAAAUGGCGUCAACGGAGGUUCAGAGUGACAGUGACGACGGUAUGGACGAGUUCAUGGAUAAAUUCAAGACUCAGAGAUACAAAAAUGCGUUCACUGAAAAAAACUGGGAGGAGGAGUUCAACAAAGUACCCAUGUUCAUGAAAUCAGCUCCUGAGGAGAUCGACCCACARACGUACCCAGAACUAGCAUGUCUCCAGUCUAUGAUCCAUGAUGAAGACCGUUCUCCAGAAGAACAAGCAAAGAGCCUGAAGAAUGAAGGAAAUGCAUAUUUCAAAGAGAAGAACUACAAACAGGCUGUGGUGUCUUACACCGCAGCUUUGAAGAAGAAAUGUGGAGAUCUGGAGCUCAACGCUGUACUCCUCACCAACCGAGCAGCUUCACACUUCUACCUGGGUAACAUGCGCUCUGCACUGAACGAUGCUGCAGCUGCAAAAAAGCUCAAACCAGACCACCUCAAAGCCUUGAUCAGAGGUGCUCAGUGCUCCAUAGAGCUGCGUAACUUUGCAGAAGCAGUCCAGUGGUGUGACGAGGGGCUAAAGAUUCAUCCYACUGACGAGAAGCUGCGAGAGCUGAGGGCAGCAGCAGAUAAACACAAGAGAGCAGCAGAGAGAGAUUCCAGGAAAGCCAGGGCUAAAGAGAAGAAGUUGCACGGAGAGAAAGAGGCUCUUCUGGCUGCUAUAAAGGAUCGAGGCAUCAAACUUUUCCAGCCUGUGAGGCCUCGGCCGCAGGGUUCAUACAGUGAGGAUGAGGAUGAGCGCUCUUCAGCAGCAGCAGUAGCUCAGCUGAGUCUGGAUGGCCUGAGCUCUCAGGAGGUCACAGGGGCUCAGGUGUUCCUGGACGAGCAGGGCGUCCUGCAUUGGCCUGUUCUCUUUCUCUACCCUGAACAUCAGCAGAGUGAUUUUAUCUCAGCCUUCUGCGAAAAUAACUGUUUCAGGGACCACCUGAAUGUCAUGUUUGGAGAAGAACUUCCACCUUGGGACUCAGACAGAAAAUAUCACCCCCAAAAUCUGCAGCUCUGCUUUGAAGAUGAGGAGAAGGAGACUCUCUACCAAAUUGACCUAGAAGCAUCACUUUUAAAAACACUUGAACACAAAAGGUGUUUUGUCAAAGCAGGUACACCUAGCUUCCUUGUUUUGGUGAAAGGCUCAUCGUUCCAAAGGCAGUUUUUAUCAGGAAAGAAAAUACAUGGAUUAUAAAAAAAACAUGUUGAACUUUAAAUAAAGAUAUCAUGACAAAAAUGGA